UGCUGGCAAGAAACUUUGACGAUGUUGCGAAGAAAGGAGGUGGUGUUCUGCGGCGCUGUCUUGGCGCUGAUUGCUUGCUCCUGUUGGGCUUCCGUGCAGUAUCCCGUCGUGACAUCGUGUCAAUCCGAGCCGAGUUUGGUAACCCUCCAGAACUUGAGUAUCGAGGACGCCAAGGUGGGCCGAAACAUGACCAUACACUACAUUGGUGAGCUCCACGAAGUCCUCCAAGGUGCGCCGAUUACCAAGUUCACCAUGUGGAACUCGAACGGAUUGAAGAUGCCUUGCGUGCAAGACAUGGGUUCCUGUACUUACAAGGGCUGUGAUGGCGAGUCUGCCAUGGAGAAGUCAAUAGGAGAGCCCUGGAACAAUACGUGCCCGAUUCCGGCCGGUGUCUACUCCUCAAGAAUGGUGUUCUUCGUCCACCCAGUAAUUAAAGCCGUCCUUGCGAACGGCACGUUUAAGGUGCGAAUGGAGGUGACCAGCGGUGAUCGCAAAGUCCAGUGUCGAUUACUUGACGUGCACAUUGAAAAAUAAACAUCAGCAAGAAAAACAAAAGGAAA